CACCAAACUCCUGCAAACAACGCUCUCGCCAUGGCAACGGCGCGAAUCUGUGUCCUGCUCGUCGUCGUCCUCUCCGCGACUUUAGCAGAAGACUUUAAACUAAAACACAAACCCUCCACGGAAGCGGUGCGGCUGUUCACCGAGGAGGAGCUGAGGAGACACGACGGAAGCGCGGAGGGACACCCCAUCUACAUGGCGGUAAAAGGGGUAGUGUUUGACGUCACCAAGGGAAAAGAGUUUUAUGGACGCGGUGCCCCGUACAACGCCCUGGCGGGUAAGGACGCCACGCGAGCCGUGGCCAAGAUGUCCCUGGACCCAGCAGACCUGACCGCCGACCCUACGGGCCUCACCGAGGAGCAGCUGGAGUCCCUUGACAGAGUCUUCGAGGAGACGUACAAAAGGAAGUAUCCCAUCGUGGGUUACACGGCGGCACGCGUCCUCUCCGACGAUGGCCGUCCCAACGCGGCCUUCAGGCCGGAGGACCAGCCUCAGUUCCAAAUCAAAGAUGAGUUUUAAUCUCAUUUGAGUGUUCAGGUCACUGCUGGAAAAGACUUUCAUGGGGAUUUAGUUUUUAAAAAUAUUUUCCCUUUACUUGAUUGGAAUCACAGCGUAAAAUGCGUACAAGACACGGACAAAACAAGAAUGGUAUAAACACUUUUAUUCAUAUGUUUAUAAGUAUUAAAAAUAUCAGAAAAUUGUCAAGUAUUUAAAACAAACUAAGUUUUUGAAGCAGGAAAUUGUCCCAUUGGAAGCUGCAGAAACAACGAUGAAGGAUUGUUCUGAUUCACUGAAUGUAGAUUGACUCGUUUCAGUACAAAUGCUGUCAUUAACUGCAUUGACCCUCUGAAUAUCAAUGAAACUCAACAAACACAGAA